AUGGACAAAUCAGAAAGAAAAAAUGAUGCCAAGCCUUUGGAGAUAGAAAAACAAACAAACGAGGCUCAACAUGAGAAGGGUGAUAUGGGAAUUGAAUCUCUAAAUGAGAAGGGUAAUAUGGGAAAUAACGAUAAUUCACAGAAGAAGGAUAAGAAGAAGAGGAAAAAAGAAUCUACCGAAGAUGAUCCGGAAUCAAGAAAAGACAAGAAAAAGAAACGCAAAUCCAAGAAAGUCACAUUUUCUGAUAAAGUAGACGUUUUUCCAAAUUCGGAUAAAGAUAAAGAGAACACAAACACUAAAACAGACAACUUACUUCGAGGCAAGUGGUUUACUCCAGAAGAAGACAAAAUACUAAAAGAAUCGGUUUUGGAUUACAUAAAGUCACACGAUCUUGGUGGAGAAGAAGAAGCUUUAAAAAAGAUUCUAAAUUGUCGAUCUCACCCUGAAUUAAAAAACUGUUGGAAACAAAUCGGGGCCCGCAUCCCCUAUCGCCCACACUCCGCCAUAUACUAUCGUGCCCAUAUUCUAUUCGAACAAGGUGAAAAAGGCAAAUGGACCGAAGAAGAAACCGAAUAUCUACGAAAAUCUUAUAAAAAACACAGAAAUGAUUGGAAAAAGGUGGCCGAAGAACUCGGAAAAAAUCGGAUUCAUGUUAAGGAUAAAUGGCGAAGAAUUAAGUUUGAUAACAAAAAGGGAGGGAGAUGGAGUCAAGAAGAGUAUCAAGGGUUAUAUGAUUUGGUGAAUUUGGAUUUACAAAUGAAAGUGAUUUCGGAAGAGAAGAAGUCGAAACAUGGGAUGUUGAGGGAUAAUAUUCCUUGGACUGCGAUUAGUGAGAAGCUAUCGACUCGAAAUGAUUCGACUUGUUGUAAGAAAUGGUACUCACAAUUGACGUCGUCUCUUGUGGAGGAAGGGAAAUGGAGUAAUGUUGAUGAUUAUAGGUUGAUUAGGGCUCUUUAUGAUCUUGAUGCUUCGUGUGUGGAAGAUGUGGAGUGGGAUAGGGUUCUUGAGCAUAGAUCGGGUGAUGUUUGUAGAAAAAGAUGGGAACAAAUGGUUCGUCAUAUUGGUCAUCAUGGAAGCAAGCCGUUUUCUGAACAAGUGGAGAUUUUGUCACAACGAUAUUGCCCCGAUUUAGAGGAAGUAAGGGAGGAGUGGGACAGUAAACCUCUCGUGUAA